AUGUUGCAUCAAGAAAAUGAUCUGUCAGAGAGACAAGAAAUAGCACCUUCUAUCCAUAAUACAAAAGUAAGCCAUCUCACAAACCUUGCAUUAGAGAUAAAACCUUUUAUUCCCACUGAGGACGGAACUCUUGGGAGCCAUGCAGAUG